AUGGCUGUCAACGUGUCUUUGGUUCGGGAUACAAAAUGGCUGACUCUAGAAGUAUGUCGAGAGUUUCAGAGAGGUACUUGUUCUCGGUCUGAUGCAGAAUGCAAGUUUGCCCAUCCAUCGAGGAGCUGCCACGUGGAGAACGGUCGUGUGAUCGCUUGCUUUGAUUCUCUUAAGGGCCGCUGCACCCGAGAGAACUGCAAGUAUCUUCAUCCUCCUCCCCACCUUAAGACCCAGCUUGAAAUCAACGGACGUAACAACCUGAUCCAGCAAAAGACCGCUGCUGCCAUGUUUGCACAGCAGAUGCAGUUCAUGCUCCCAGGCGCUCAACUCCAACCAAUUACUACAUUUCCCGUGACUCCAUCACUUGCAACGAGCCCCACCAUGGCUUUCAGUCCUUAUCUAAGUCAUGUUUCUCCUGGGAUGGGCUUGGUUCCUGCAGAACUUCUGCCAAAUGCACCUGUGCUGAUGUCUGGAAACCCACCUGUCACAGUGCCAGGAGGCACUGCUGGUCAGAAAUUGAUCCGUACAGAUAAACUGGAGGUUUGCAGAGAAUUUCAACGUGGAAACUGUACCCGGGGUGAGAAUGAUUGCCGUUAUGCCCACCCUGUUGAUAUCGCCAUGAUAGACGCAAAUGAGAACACCGUUACAGUGUGCAUGGAUUACAUCAAAGGCCGCUGCUCCAGGGAGAAAUGCAAGUACUUUCAUCCCCCUGCACACCUGCAAGCCAAAAUCAAGGCAGCUCAACACCAGGCUAACCAGACAGCUGCAGCCGCAAUGCAGUGGGCCCUUUCCCGCCAUGCACAAGUCAGGUGGCCUUCUCUUCGUGGAAAGAUUGAUGCCAGGUCCUUUUGGGGAGCUAGAAGAUACUCAUUGUAUUCCUUGCGUCGUAUAGCAGCCCUGGUACCCCAGCUUGGAAAAACUCGUUUAGCGGCCCUGGCCCUACCACCUGGUGCCCUCCAACCUUUACCAAAGAGGCCAGCACUUGAAAAGAACAACGGUGCCACCACAGUCUUCAACCCAAGUGUUUUCCACUACCAACAGGCUCUAGCUAACAUGCAGCUGCAGCAACCAACAUUUAUCCCAACAGGGUCAGUACUGUGCAUGGCACCCACUGCAAGUGUUGUGCCCAUGAUGCACGGUGCUACGCCCACCACUGUGUCCGCAGCAACAACACCUGCCACCAGCGUCCCCUUCGCUGCAACAGCUACAGCCAAUCAGAUAUCCCAGUUAUCAGUAGAUGAACUGAGUAGCAGCAUGUUUGUUUCACAGAUGUAGACAUACCGAAUAGAAACAUGAAAAUUCUGAACAGCAAAAUCCUGGAGUAUCAGAACCUCUCCUUGGGACACUGCACAUGGUCUUUCUGUACAUUUUCCCAUUUCUCCUCUUUUACCAUCUCUACAGUAAGCCUGUUGCAGCAUACAUGUUAACCAAAAACAAAACAAAACAAACAAAAAAACAUAAAAUUUUUUAAAACCCCAAAAAAGUGAAAUACCAGAUUUAUGGGAAUGUAAAAAAAAAUCCAAAAAAAAGCGCGCUCUAUAGAAAAGAUUAACAAACAGUGCUCUUGUAUAAGAUAUAAACAUAGACAAACUAUAAUCAUCUUUUGUAACAUGUUUCUUUAACACACGUAAUCUUUUUUUUUCUGAGUACCAUCAUGAUAUGUGCAGAUGCACAGUGGACUGUUGUAUAUUAUCAAUGGAUAAAUGUUCGUCUUUUUAAAGUGUUAUCUUAAAGUUUUGUUUACAUCAUAGUCUAAUUGAAUUGUUUUAAGGUAUAUCAAAUAUACGCAA